GGGCACGGAUCGCGCGGCGGCGGCGGCGUGAUGGAGCUGGUGGCGGAGCUGAGGGGCCGCGACGGGCAGACGCGCUCGGUGCGGGUGCCGUGCCCGGCGGAGGAGGGUGAGGGCGGCCAGCUGCGCGGGCUGCGGCGGGGCCUGGCCGAGCUGCAGGAGCGGGUGGUGGAGCUGCUGGCGCCGCUGGUGCAGGAGGAGAGAGAGGCGGCGGGCGGCGGCAGGCCGCGCGGUGAUGUCGAGGGUGACGACGAGGAGGAGGAGGAGGAGGAGGAGGAAGGCGAAGACGAAAACAACAUCGACACGAAAGCGAGCGCCGAUGACCCACCUCCAAAGCGGACGAAAGUUCAGCAGCCCUGAUGAUGGCCUUGGAGACGGAGUUUAGGCCUAGAAAGGGACUUUCCAGCUGUAUCGACUGUAAGCGUCCCCCGGGCGCGGUGCCCCGGGCGGGGGUAGGCUGCUCUGGCCGGGCAGGCGCCUGCGUCUCUUCUGCUCAUGUUUUAGAAGUGAAAUGUCGAUCCCGACACUAUUUUAAUACGGAUGCCUUAAUGAAAGGAUGCGCCUUGAUGUUAGCAGUGUGUUGCUUACAGGGUACCAACGUUACGCUGAGAAGAAAUUUUAGUAAACUAGUUGACAAAUAUAAAACUGUUCUCACAAGUCUUCUGACUGCUACAUUUUUAAUUACUUUUUCCAAGUCACAGUAUUUCUUCAUGGGACUUAAACUUUUAAAGUAAUAAAAUCUGGAAAGAGUUAUUUUGUCAGAUAUGACCUUAAAAUGGUACAAGACAACUUGUAUUUGUAUGGAGAGGAAGCAAUAUAAGACCACUGUAGUAUUCAAAAUUAAAACACACCUGUAGGACUGCAUCCAUUCCUGAACAGUCCUACAACGGAAGAUUAUUUUUCCCUGUCAUCUAAACAAUUAAUUUUAGUCACCCAUCAAUCAAGUAUUUUCCUGGAAAAGGUCAUAGACAAAGUAGAUUAGAUUGAAAGAGUUGGGAAUCUUGGUUUCAAAAAAUCGUCAGUUUUUGUGACAGCCACGAAAGUGACAAGUUAGUGUGACUUUGAUGAUAAUUAUCUUUAAUAUUCCACAAUUCAAAAAAUGCUGUCUGUCCUAAGCCUGUUUUCUCCAAAUGUUUUGGGUUUUUUCCUCUUUUUUUCAUGCAGCAGUCAAUCUUUAUACACUUUCUUCUAUCACUGAGUUUUAUCCAGGUUGAUUUUUAGGUUCAUUUGGUAGCUAAGUCAAAUAAAGUGAACAUCACAGCUUAAUAUUCUGCCUAUGUGGAACUCUAAACAUUACCUAAAAAUAAGAAAAAAGAAAAGCAGAGUGAUUUUUUGAGAUACUUUCUAAAAACAAAACUUUGGGCUGAAACUAGGGGAAAUGUAGUAGGGUUCUACACAUGAUUGCUGUAGUUUAGUUUAGAGGGGGAGAAAGUAUAAAUAUUUGAGUAACACCUAUGAGUACAUUAUGUGUAACAGUUCUUGGCUGUAUAAACUGGCAUAACCCAGUCCCUCUGCUAAGGUAGCUUGUUCUUUCUUUUGCAGCAUGUGGAAUGUCAUUAAGGUAAUAGAUGCUUCUUGCAAGGGGAAAGUUGUCAAUGCUUCCCAUAUGUUACUUUAAUUCCCAGUUUUUGUUUGGUGCAUGCUUCUGUGAACAGGCAUAAAAUGGUCUUGAUAGCCAAUCCCCAGAGCUUACUGUGGAGCCUGAGAGUCUUCUCUAGCAGAAAUUAACUGACUGAUUUAAUAGUGUGAAAAGCUUUUUUUUUUUUUUUCCCCCCAUUUUCCUGUGUUCCGCUGGCAUAGUUUGUUUAUGUAUCGUGGAAACUGAGCAAAUCUUAAGGCUUGUGUAUGGAGGACAAAGUAUUGGAAUAAAUGAUGAAUUUCUAUGA